AUGACUGUCGUCUCAGGACAAAAUUCGCCAGAUGAGAUAAUAAUUUCAAAUGGCAAUGAGUACACAAGUCGUAGGCGAACUGCGACCAAGAAUGUGAGUUAUAAUGAGAAGGAAGCCGACAUUGCGUUGGCGAAGAAGAUUAAACAAUUAGAGAAGGCGAACUCUUCGAAACAGAAGUCUGAAAAGGGUGAAACUAUAAAGAAGAAUGGCAUUCAGAAGAAGGCGAACAAUGGAAAGAAGUCACAGAAGAGUAGUUUCAAGUAUCAGUCGUUCUUGCAAGACAAGAACACGCCGUGGAAUUUCAUUCCUUCUCUACCUAACUCAUUCAAGAAAUACGCAAGGUUCAGUACCAUGUUGGAUAUCGAUGAGAUGACCGUUGACGUUUCUAAGCAAUUGCUACUAUCUGACGGAUCGGCUGUCUUGAAAAAAGAUGAGCACAUAUUUAUGGUAUCAGAACCACCUGGAGAACCCUACUAUAUUGGUAGGAUAGUUGAGUUUGUGCCGAAAAAGGAGUUUCGUUCACUCAUAUCGCGUUCAUUACACUUGGCAACUAGUUUCCCUGCGAUUUAUUUUCAGUUAAAAAUGAAUUGGUACUAUAGACCCAGAGAUAUCCAGGAAAGAACAAAUAGUACAAGCUCCAGAAUGCUAUACGCUUCACUUCAUAAUGAUGUUUGCCCAAUUUACUCAUUCCGUGGUAAAUGUAAUGUCAAAUUUCAAAAAGAAUUUACCUCAAUUGAUCAGCUAACAGAAUACGUCUCAAGACCCAAUUGUUUCUACUUCAACCAACUUUUCGAUAGAUAUACACUAAAGUAUUACCAAAUGGAAAAAACAGAUCAGAUGGCUGUGCGAGUUGCUUCUGAUCUACCGUAUUUCAAGAUUUUAACUAGUAAAUUCCCAUUCAUUUUCUAUGAGGAUAAAUUCCCACUGGAUAACCUACUUACCAAAUAUGUCUGUGGCAAAAGAACCGAAGACCAAAGCUGGGAUUUGCGUUGCGGCGAAUGUCGCGAUUGGUGCCACCAAUCGUCUUCUAUCAAGUGUGAUGACUGUAAGAUAUCGAUUCAUCUGUGGUGCAUGGACCCGCCCUUAGAAAAGAAGCCGGCAAAAGGUGUGGUUUGGAUUUGUUCAAAUUGUGUCGGAAAGCAGAACAACCAAGAGCACAUCACGAGGGACAAAGAAUGGGAAGGAAUAGAAAGUUCGGUUGAAAGGCUAACAGAAAGUUUGGCUUCUAUCAGAGAUUUCAAUACAAACAGAGAAAAUUGGUGGUUCCAGUAUCUGGGAGAAGACAUGUGCAAUCAUUUAGGUGAUCCAUUAUUUGACGACUAUAUCGCACCAUUCCCAUGGAAAAAAAGUAGAGUAAGUUUACAAAAGGGCCAAUGGAGUAAUUGUAAUCAACAAUGGGUGGAAGAUCCGUACAGCAAUAAACCUGGAGAACGAGGGACUUCUGCUUCUGUGGAAGGCCUUUGGAUUGUUAAUAAUGAAAAAAUGGCAGAGAGCGAAUUAGACGAAUAUGUUAAAAGGUGUAAGAGUACAAUUCCUGGCAAUCUCGAAGUUCAACCAGAAGCUUGUAACUUCAUCGACAUAAUCCUCAAGCUAUUAAUGCAAAAUGAUUAUAACUCCGAAAUUUCUUUCCUUAAAGCAACCGAGAUUAUAACUAGAGAAUCGUUGAAGGAGCCAACAUUAUCACAAGAAGAAAUUAAGAAAUUCGAAGAGGGGGUUAGUUUAUAUGGAAGCGAAUUACACCCUGUUUGUAAGCAUGUUGGAACGCAAUCAAUGUCAAUGAUUGUUCGCUAUUAUUAUUACUGGAAAAAGACUCCGAAUGGGAGAAGAAUCUGGGGAAAUUUUAAGGGCAGAGCGAAGAACAGAAAGAAGCAAAGUAUUGAUGAUUCAACUAACAAGAAGUCUAGUUCCGAUAAAGGUGAUAAAAAUUCUAAAAGGAUACCGAAAAAGAAAGCACAAUCGACACAACUUUUGAAACACAUUGAUGACUCUUCUUUUGACUCUGAACAAAUAUCAGAUGUAAAAAAAUGCUUCCAAUGCAUGUUUUGUUCUUUAGAUUAUUCACCAUUAUGGUAUAGGGUUACUGGUGGGUCAGAGGAUGAUCACAUUCAUAGAAGACUUACGACCGGAGUAAAUGAAAAAGUUUCAGGUAGUGAUAGCGAGAAAGCCAAACAGGUUGAAAAAGAUAAUGAGAAACUGAAUGCCCUUUGUAUAAGAUGUGCAAGGAUGUGGAGGCGUUACGGUAUUAGAUGGUCAUCUCCUAUCGAUGUUUUAAGACAACUUUAUGGUAGUAGUUCUUCAUCGGUCCAGGGUGCGAUAAAGGACUUACUGGAGGAUAAUGACGAACAGGCAAUUUGUUGUUCCACUAAUCAGGCCUUUUCAAAAAAUCUGGACUGGGAACUAGUGAUAGAUACGGAAUCAAUCACUAAACAGCGCUACGCAGCGACAGAUAAUCCCGAAAAGCUAUUAAAAAUGAAGAGAAACACUUUAUCUUCUCAAGCACAAAUGAAUAAAUCUGUUAAAAAGUUAAUAGAUUUGAAUUCAAUCAAACCAGUGAACCUUGAAGAAAGUCUCAUGGGCUACAUUUCUCGCAUAGAGGCUCAGAUCAAGAGGAAAGAAGAGAUUAAAUUCAAGAGACAAAAGGAAAGAGCGUUACAAGAACAGCUAAUAUCCGAGGCACAUAUGAAGAAAUCUUCAAAAUCUGCCAUUACAACCAAACAAGCACAGGUGCUUGUAACUGAAAACAAACCACAGAUAACUGAAAUACAAGUGAAACAACAAAUAGUUCCAUAUGCCAGUCCGUCAGUCAUAAGAAAACUGAUGCCAAAUGGUGAGUUCUCGAUAAACAUAGAAUUUGAAACGCCUACUGUUGCUCCUAAUGCGUCCAUCACUGUAAAUCCUGACUUUUCUAUGGUGAAAUUAUCUGAUCCAAUUAUUUCAAUUUUACGCCAAGAUCGUGAAAAACAUAUGUUAACAGAAGACAUUUCUUCCGAAUCAAAACGGAAAAGAAAGAAACCAUCUACUACAUCACUUGACAAGAGUUCUGGCUUCGUGAUUAACAAAAGUUACAUACCUGUCGUGAAGCCAUUUCAGUCGUUGAGAUCUGAAAUACUUCAAAUGUACAACAGAAUUAGUCCAAAUUACCGUCAUAAUGUCGUUUCAAGGAAAAAUGCCAAGAAAAAUCCAAUGCAGAAGGCAAGCGAAAGCAGCACCAUGCGAGAUUCCUCACAAAAAAGCAACAAUACGUGGUCACAAACUUUCUCUGAUCCAAACGAAAAUACACUGGUGAAUGAAACGAGGAAUUUCUGCCGGGUCUGCUUUUCUGAUUAUCGUUCAAAGACUACAAACGAAUUAUCUUGCUCUAAUUGCGGGAUGAAAGUUCAUGCCUCCUGCUAUGGUAUCAAAUGCACUAACCAAUAUCAUGCGAGUCUUAAAGGGAAACUUUGGUUGUGCGACCCAUGCUCAAAUGAUCGUAAUCCAGUAGUUUCAACGAAUUACCAAUGCGUUUUAUGUUCUACUCGUGACAUUCACAAUGAAUCGGCGAAAAAGGUAACUGCACGUUCACUCCCCAACGCAUUAAAAUGCACAGCAGAUGGCUCCUGGUGUCAUAUUCUUUGCGCAAUCUAUAGAAGCAUGACCAAAUUUGCUUCAAUCGAGACGUUGCAACCGAUUAUUGGCACAGAAUGCAGCCUAUUGAAUCGAAAUAAUAUUAACUGUAACGUAUGCAAUCUUUCUGGAGGUUUACUCGUCAAAUGUCAAUCUUGUGAUGACCAAUUCCAUCCCAGCUGUGGUGCUGAUAAAGAGGGUUUCUUCUUUGGUUUCAAAAAGCAGGUCAAGUCAAAUGUUACAAAUAACUCUGAGAUCUCUUUUGUGGAAGAUCAAAAGGAUUACACCGCUUCUCCAGUAAUACUUUGCCCAAAACACAUAAGAAGUCCAGAAUUAGUUCCAUUCCAUUAUAGAGUUAGAGACUCAGAUAUAUCUUUGAUGAAAUUAUUCAUAAGGGAGCAGAAAUUUGAUCCUCAAUUUGAGACUUUGUCUACGAUCCAACUUCGCAUUCAUGCGCGUGAGCAGUUAAGGAAGAUGUUGUCUGUGAGUAUGGACUAUUCAGUUUCAAAAGAAUCAAAAAUAACCAAUGGUGUUUCUAAUGUACAAAUCCCAGUACAUGGUUCCUGCUCCCGCAAUGAACUUCUAUCAGCAGUUGCUGUUAAUAAUGGGAUGCUUAUGAUCCCCGAAGUGGAUAAAGAGGAAUUGGUAGAAUAUCCCGUAGAUCCACCAAGAGAUCGUAGUUCUCGAUUGCUUGCCUCAACAGGUACUUCGUUUACGGCGUUUGGAUCAGAAAAAUGUAAUGCUAAGAUUGCCCAACAAAAGGCUACUAAAAGAAUCAGAAACAAAAACAUCAACGAGCCAGACAGUCAACAAGUGAAGCUAGAGGAGGGCGCUGUUCCAAUGGCUCCAAUAGUGGUUCAAAUUCCACCAAAAAUUAAUAAUAUUGAAAGAACUAUACUUCCGGAGAAAUUAUAG